AGCAGCAAGGUGUGUGUGCUAGUUGAGAGAGUGGUUAAUCGGAUUAAAGGACCUGAGAGGACACGGUUUGAUCAGCUGAGAAAGAAAAGGAACGACGCCAUGCAUUCCCUUCUCUCCUAGCUCCAUUUGAUUUAGGAAAAUGCCUCUCUUUAUAAACCGGGACCAAAUAUUUGCACAUCAGGUACACCUGCUGGAGCACAAACUGAGGAGUAAAGAGGAGCGAAUACUGGAACUGGAGACAGAAAAUGCUAUUCUCCAUUUAAGACUUGCCGAGUGUUUAGGGAAACUCCGUCGAGACCAUGAAGAGGAGAUCAAGGCCAUAGAGCAUCAUCGGCAGCAGAGGAAUGCUCAGAAGAUAACCCGGUCAGCCCUCGCCAAACUCCUCUCUGAGGUCCAGGCCGUAAAGCAGGACCUGAGUGAACUUUUCGCAGUGUAUUUGAGUUUUUCCACUGAGCUGGAAGAGCAGAGCAAGCAGCUGCUGGAAAAAGUAGAGCAGGCCAGCUGUUCUCUAAAGGGUGACCGUGGAGACAAUGUUCAGGACCUGCAAGCUGUAGUCGCUACUCUAGAGCGCUCUCUGGAGGAGGAGCGGGAGAGGUGCAGGGCGGAGAGACAGAGGAGGAAAGAACUCCAUAACACACUAGUGGAGCUGAGAGGCAACAUCAGGGUUCACUGCAGGGUGCGACCAGUUUUACCCUUUGACCACGUCCCGUCUUCCACCUCUGGAUCAUGGCCUGCAUUAUCAGAAGAAGUGGUGUCUACAGUCAGUGAUGACACAGUGAUGGUGAAUUGCAUAAAAACAGGAAUGCCAGUGCAUAACAAGAUGUUUGAGUUUGAGAGAGUGCAUGGACCAGAGGAAUCCCAGGAUGCAGUGUUUGAGGAAGUCAAGCCGCUCCUCACAUCUCUGCUGGACGGCUACAAUGUGUGUAUCAUGGCAUACGGGCAGACAGGCAGUGGGAAGACUCACACCAUGAUGGGCUCCCAGCUUCUGGAGGAGCACUCAGGGACGCAGCAGGAGGCGCAGCAGGGGAUCAUCCCCAAGGCUGCUGCUGAGCUCUUUCGGAUGAUCUCUGAGAAGCCUGAAGAUAGCCACACAGUUGAGGUAUCAGUGAUGGAGGUACACAACAACGAGGUGCUGGACCUUCUGGCCAAAGAUGCACAGGGCAACCCAGUGGAACAGCGCUGCGACGUCAUCACCACCUCCAACGGUGCCAGCCAGGUCAUUGUCCUCACAUACGAGCCCGUACGAGAGGCCUCUGAGGUGAUGCAGAUCAUCAGCAGGGUUUUAAAGCUCCGGGCUCACUGUCCCACCCUCGUCCACCCCGACUCAUCUCGAUCUCACCUCAUUGUCACCCUCACCAUUUCCUCAAAAAGCCCCAACGCACUGGCCCUGGCCCGCAGGCUCCAGAGUGCCAAAAAGGACAUGCAGCUGGCCGCUCAGAAGGAAUGGUGGAGCCCGCGCUGUCGCCGUGCCAACCUCGCCACACGCAAAUCUUCUGAGGAUCAUCUCUUUGCGAGCACGGCCUCCUCUCCCAGCCGCUCCCCUUCACAUUCCCCAUGUCCCUCCCCCAGGCCCAGCGUCUCUCAGGCUCUCUUCAAAACCAAGCUGCAGCUGGUGGACCUGGCAGGGAGCGAGAGUGUCGGUAUGUCUGGAGUUUCGGGCGCCGCUCUGUGGGAGGUGUCCUGUAUAAACCGCAGUCUCUCUGCUCUGUCCGACGUCCUGGGAGCUCUGGCCGAGCAGAGGCCACACGUCCCCUACAGGAACAGCAAACUCACCCAUCUGCUACAGGACGCCAUAGGCGGCGAUGCCAAGCUGCUGGUGAUGCUGUGCGUCUCUCCCACGCAGCGCUAUGUCACAGAGUCUCUGCAGUCCCUGGGCUUCGGGACACGGGCCCGUCAGGUCCAGAAGGAGCUGCCGCGAAGGAAGACUAACACUCUCAAAGUUAAGUGACGAGAACGACAGAGGGAUUUUAUCCUUUGCGAUACGACAGCGACCUAAGUCCUGAAUCAGUCAUGCCAACAGAACAGGUUUGAAGGUAUAAGAUCAAUACCUGCAAAUGUGUUAUUUUAUUUUUGGUGGAGUUUGUGAGCAAUUUUUGAUCUUAGUAGAUAUUUUAAUAGACUAAAUGUCUUUUGUAGGGCUUUUUGAAGGACUUGUAUAAUGUGAGAAUUUUGAACCCUGGAAAAUAAAAGGGUGCUUAGUAGUUAGGAAUGAAGUCAUUCAACGUUUGGGUAAUGAUAAUUCAAUUUAGUAUAAACUCACGUUAUUUCAACUUAAUUGAUUCUAUUUCUCAUAUCAUUAGACUGUAGAUCAGGGGUGUCCAAACAUUAUUCACUGAGGGCCACAGUGACAGAAAAAUAUACAAAGGGCUGGACCAGUGCUAGAGGUGAGGUAUUUUGCCUUAUAAGUUGAGUAAUAGGUUUGCAAAAUCAAUCAAAUGUAGGUCAAUUAUUCUUGUAAUAUGCUUAGAGGAGAAAAAACAGCUUUCCAAUAACAAGGUUUAAUUUAUUUUGUUGCAGCUCAUUCCUUAAAACAGAAGCCUCAGGUUAGGAGGGAGGGAAAGGGCCAAAUAGGAAGGGUAUAUUUUCAGCUUGUUCUGCAAAUAAGUUAUUGGGCUUUUCUUUUUUUAAUCAAAUAAGAUUUGUUAGAAAAUGUUUUCAACUUUAACAGUGUUUAUUAACAUGAAUACUGUGAAAUAUAUUUAAUAAGUACAAUAUAAGACAAGGACAAGUUUCAGGUGUAGGCUAUAUUCCAUUAUACUUUAGGAAUUAGCUGAGGGUCAAUUAAAAAUAGACCACAGGGCCGCAGUUUGGACACCCCUUUGGUAGAUCAUGUUGAUAGUCGUCAGUCCUGUAUGUAAGAAAAGGCUUCCUGACUGAAGUAGUCUUCCUGACUGAAGUAGUCUUCCAUGAAUUCUGCAGUGUUUUCUGCUCAUGCCUUCUCUUUGUUAGUGUUCUGUGUGCAGUUAUGUUUAUUCACAUGUUGAUGUGUUCUGUAUCUGUAAUCAUCCUCUGUUUUUGAAGACUUGAACAAUUGUUUGAUAGAAUAGUCUCCGUAGAAAGUAG